AUGCUCAUAAACCUCAGAAGAACAAUACGCAUUCCAUUUCAUCCCAAACCUUCACUCUGCAUUCCUCUGAAUCUCUUCUCAACUUCAGCACCAAACCCAAACGCAAACUCUACAGAGCCUCUUUUAGAAUCCCAACUCAAAUCCUUAGUUCUCAGCCAUUACAAGCAUGGCAAAUUCACCAACCUUCUCCAAAACGUCGUCGCUUUGCCCACUGUCCUCCUUGCCGCCUGCCAAAACCUCACCACCCCACAAGCCCCAAAUGGAAAUGGCCUCAGCCCGUCCCUUCUCGACUCGGUCUCCAAGCGGUUCUCAAUCCACGAAAUGGGUCGCGAGCUCUCCGAGAAUCGGUUCGAUAUUGGAGCUUGCAGUGUUACAAUGGCGGCCCAAAGAAAUAGAGGUGAGUCUUUGGUCUUGCCUAACUUGAAAUUGAAGGUUUUGAUUGAAGCUAUUAGGAUGGUAUUGGGAAUUGUUUAUGAUGAACGCUUUGUGACGUUUUCUUAUGGUGGUCGUGUUAAUAUGGGCAGGCACACGGCCAUUAGGUACCUUAAAAACUCUGUAGAGAACCCCAGUUGGUGGUUUACAGUUAGCUUUAACCGCGAAAAGUUUGAUCAACAACAUGUAAAUAAGCUAUGCAUGUUUAUGCAAGAGAAAAUAGAGGAUGAGACUUUGAUUAAUGUUAUAAAGAGGUUGUUUGAAUGCGGUGCGGUGAGAAUUGAAUUGGGUGGUUGCUUCUUUGGAAGAGGGUUUCCUCAGGAAAGUGGGUUGAGUUCAAUUUUGAUAAAUAUUUACUUCAAUGGGUUUGAUAAAGAAAUUCAAGAAAUGCGUCUAAAGAAGAAUCUGGAGCAUCCCAAAUUUGAUUCAAAUGAGCUUGUUUCUAAGGAUGGUGUGUUUUACAAGCCAGUGAAGAUAUAUGCAGUUAGGUACUUGGAUGAAAUAUUAGUGAUAACAUCCGGGUCUAAGAUGUUGACAAUGGAUUUAAAGAACUGGGUUGUUAAGCACAUAGAGGGGAUACUGGAAUUGAAGGUGGAUGGGAUAAAAACAGCUAUUCAUAGUGCGGUGUCUGAGAAGAUUGCUUUUUUGGGCAUGGAAUUACAGGCUGUAAAACCUUCAGUUUUGAAUCCUCCUAUGUCAGAAAAGGCUAUGAGAGCACGAAAAAAGUACAUUAGACAGAAGGAAGUCAGAGCUCAGGAAUUGAAAAAUGCUAGAGAGAGGAAUAGGAAGAAAUUGGGAUUGAAAAUAAUGAGCCAUGUUUAUAAGAAGUUGAAGAGAAGUGAUGGGUUUAAAUUUGAAUAUCAAAUUAAGAAUGAAGUUAGAGAAAUCUUCAGAACCUGGGCUGAUGAGACGGUGCAAGAGUACCUUGGCUCUUUGGAGGAGCGUUGGGAUUGGUACCGCAAGCUAUCGGCAGGUAAUUUUCUCUCUUUAAGGCACAUUAGAGAUCAACUGCCUCAAGAGCUUGUUGAUGCUUAUGAUAAUUUCCAAGAGCAAGUUGACAAGCAUUUAAACCCAGUCAAAGCUAGAAGGGCACUGGAGGACGAAGAAAGGAGAAUAAAAGAUGAAGAGGAGAAGAAAUAUGCUAAGGGUACAGUUGAGGAUUUGACAAAGCUCUGUGUCAAAGCUGAUGCACCCAUAGAACUUAUUAGAAAAAUGGUUAGGUUGAUUGGCUUUACAAAUCAUAUGGGUCGUCCCAGGCCAAUUACUUUACUAACUGCUCUCGAAGAUACUGAUAUCAUUAAGUGGUAUGCGGGUAUAGGGAGAAGAUGGCUGGAAUUUUAUUGCUGCUGCCAUAACUUCAAGAUGGUCAAAACUGUUGUGACUUAUCACUUGAGGUUCUCUUGUAUCUUGACUCUAGCAGAAAAGCAUGAAUCCACCAAACGUGAAGCCCUGAAACAUUUUACUAAAGAUUUGAAAGUCUUUGAUAUAAAUGGAAAUGAAGAAGUGCACUUCCCCACAGAAAGGCAGGUGAAAAUGAUGGGAGAUAAAAAUCUCUCUGAUCCAAAACCAGUGGAUGGGACGUUCUCUUUGGCUUUGAUUAGAUUAGCUUCUGAUGAGCCUCCAUAUUCUUGUGUUGCUCAUUUCUGUGACAAAACUGAUACUGUUGUUUAUCGUGUACGACUAUUGCAAAAUCGCUUGAAUGUGAACCCUGUGGAUGAAAAGAAAUGGGUCCCUGGGAUGGGUGCAAUUAAUGAAAGUCUCAAUCUGAAAUGCUUCCCUGUUUGUCCUGAUCACAUACAUGACUUAUACAUGGGGAGAAUCACCUUUCAGGACAUUGAUUGCACUUCAUUUGUGGAUGGAGGCUGA